CCUCGAAUGUAGCAUCAGACAUGUUGUACGAGCUCAUCGCAAUUGUCCGGCCCGGCAACCUCUUGGAGGUCAAAGAAAUUGCCCGCACUGCCGGCUCCCUCAUCCUCAGAUCCGGAGGAACUAUCCGCGGCAUCAGUAACUGGGGAGUCUUCAGUCUCCCGAAGCGGACGAGAAAGCAUCAAGCGCAAUACACCGAUGGCCAUUACUUCGUUAUGAGAUACGAUGCGUCGAGCGCGAUACAGGAUGAUGUGAGGAAGACACUGGGGUUGGAUCCUCGAAUGAUUAAGUUCAGCAGCGUGAAGUUGGGGGAUGGGAAGUUGGAGACCCUGAGCAAGAUCCCAGGGAAGAUCCCUUGGGCAGAGAAGGAGAAGUUUUGAAGCACAGUUAGUUGUCUGGGGGGUUUGUAUUAUAUUGUAUUGCG